CAAUCAGUAGACUGAAGAUAUUUAUGUUUUAAUCGUUAUAAUAAGUCAGUGUAUGUUUUAAGUAUCAGUAAAGAUGGACGUGUUUGGACAUUGGAAAUACUUGCUUCAGCUUAUUAUAAUGGAACAAGUACUGGUGCCAGUAAACGCCAGUACUUUGACAUUUACUCUAAAUGAUGGCAAUGAAAUACCGGCCAUUGCUUUGGGGACCAGUUUGGGACAUACACCAGAUGGAACAAGAAUGUUGGCAGUGAACCACUCGGUAGCCCGGGCGGUACAAUGGGCACUAGAGGCCGGAUAUAGGCAUAUAGACACUGCCGCUCUAUACCGCAUUGAAGACGAAGUAGGCCUCGGUGUUCGUGACUAUUUGAGGGACAAUAAUGCCGAUAGAAGGGACGUGUACAUCACUACUAAGUUGUGGAACGAUUCUCAUGAAAGAAGUGAGGUUAUUCCAGCGUUAAAAAAGUCACUACAAGAGCUACAGAUGGAUUACGUGGACUUGUAUCUGAUGCAUUAUCCAAUGGCAUAUACGAAAGACGGUCAAAUAAGUGACACAGAUUACUUGGAGACGUGGAAAGGGAUGGAGGAUGCCAAAGACCAGAAUCUCACGAGAUCAAUAGGAGUUUCCAACUUCAAUAUAACACAAAUACAGAGGCUGUGGGACAACUGUAGGAUCAAACCAGCCGUUAACCAAAUCGAGGUAAAUCCAACAAUAACUCAAGACGAACUGAUAAACUGGAGUAAAGAACAUGGGGUAGUCAUAAUGGCAUACACCCCCUUCGGAAGUAUUCUGGGGCGGAAGAGCGAUGCUCCUCCACCGAGAGCUGAUCAUCCAUACCUGGUGUCUUUGGCCAAUAAAUACAAUAAGACUGUGCCUCAAAUACUAUUGAGAUAUUUGUUGGAUCGUCAUCUUGUCGCCGUUCCGAAGUCUACAAAUAAGGAUCGGAUCAGACAGAACGUAGACAUAGCAGACUUUUCACUGACAUCUGCUGAAGUUGACGAGCUAUCGAAAUUUAAUAGUAAUUACCGACUCCGAACACCCGUCAAGUGGUAUCCUCACCCGCAUUUCCCAUUUGAGAAAAAGAACCUUACAGAUGCUGAAAUAGAGGACAUUAUCGCGCAUAGCAAGGAAGAUUAAAGAUGCGAAAAAAUAAUUUUGAGGCAGACUUUCAUUAUUAUAAGAAUAUGCCGGAUAAAAGGAUUUCUACGACUCGAGGAUUAAAUGCGAAGAUCCAAUAAGACGCGUUUCUUAGAAUUCCACGAAUUAUUCUCUUAAUAUUCAUAUAAAUUUAUGAUAAUAAAAUAAUAAAGGUAUUU